CGCAGUCCCUUCAUCGCGCCCCGCCCCGUCUACCCCGCCUGCGCGUCGUGGGAGGAGCCUGUAGCACGAGGCCUCGUAACUGUCCGGAAGCUGCGGGGGCUUAAGCUAUGGCUGAGGGCAGCCGUAUACUACAGGCCCGGGCGCUCCUGCAGCAGUGCCUGCACGCCCGGUUGCAAAUUCGCCCAGCCGAUGGGGACGCCGCGGCCCAAUGGGUGGAGGUUCAGAGAGGAUUGGUGAUCUAUGUGUGCUUUUUCAAGGGAGCUGAUAAAGAACUUCUUCCCAAAAUGGUUAAUACACUGUUAAAUGUGAAAUUAAGUGAAACAGAAAAUGGCAAACAAGUCUCUAUAUUGGAUCUACCUGGCAACAUUCUUAUUAUCCCUCAAGCUACCCUUGGAGGAAGACUAAAAGGAAGAAACAUGCAAUAUCACUCUAACUCUGGAAAAGAAGAAGGGUUUGAACUUUACUCUCAAUUUGUUACUCUGUGUGAAAAAGAAGUAGCUGCUAAUAGCAAGUGUGCUGAAGCUGGGGUUAUAGUGGAACAUGGCACUUAUGGGAAUAGGCAGGUGUUAAAGCUAGACACCAACGGACCAUACACACACUUAAUUGAGUUUUGAAAGUGAAAACCUAGUUUCUAUAGCUGUUUUCUGGUAUGAAGUGAUCUAGAGUAUAAUUAGGUUUUAUUCCCCUUCAUCUUGAAUAUACCAAUCUUCAGCAUUUUGGGAUAAGAAAAUCUUGCGUUUCAUAUAUAAUUCUAUAACCUGCUAAUCGGAUGACUUUGCCAAGUCACCUAAACUCUGGAUCUCAGUCGCCUUUUGUCCUACAUUCCUCUACCCUUCUACUUGAAAAUUUGAAAUAUGCUGUGUAUUCACUUCAUAGUCAUUAAGGAAAUGUUCUUAAUUGUGUUU